GAAGCUGACGAGCUAAAAUAAAAAUAUUGACAUCGUCGUACAAUAAAUAAGUAAUCCAUACCAGGGACCUAAUUCCAAAUUUGAACUACUAUUUUCGGAACUACAUGUAGAGCCGCAUUUCAAAUUUCAAAUAAUUGCAAAUUUUCAGCCUGUCUUACUACAGCGUAGCGACAGCCCCGGCCUCAACAAUCUUAGCCCUACCUCUUCCGAACGUCCUCCGAGUCUACCGAUAUUUGAACCGUCUGCUCGUCUUCCCUUAUAACCUAUCACCUAUCACCUACCACAUACCACAUACCAACCCAGUUAUUCGACGUAAACCCGCCAAAGUGUUUUCCCGGACUAUUAAAAGAACUCUUUGCGCAGGCGCAUCCGGAAUAUCAGUUGCGGCAUUUGCUUCCUCGGGGCUACAUAAAUACACAGGACAGACGACCAAAGUCGCAACGAAAACAGCAGCCAGGAAGAUGCACAGCAAGGUUGUUAUUAUCGGCUCUGGGCCUGCUGCCCACACGGCCGCCAUCUACCUCGCCCGUGCCGAAUUGAACCCAGUUCUCUACGAGGGUUUCAUGGCGAACGGUGUUGCCGCCGGUGGUCAGUUAACAACUACUACCGAAAUCGAGAAUUUCCCCGGAUUUCCCAAGGGCAUUAUGGGCGGCGAGCUAAUGGAUGCUAUGAGACAACAAUCGGAACGAUUUGGUACCAAGAUCAUCACCGAAACAGUAGCCAAGCUCGACCUUUCCUCGAGACCGUUCAAGUACGAGACGGAAUGGUCUCCUGGUGAGGUGCACACCGCGGAUUCCGUCAUCAUCGCCACAGGUGCUUCAGCGAGGAGGCUAGGUCUUCCGGGAGAGGAGAAAUACUGGCAAAGCGGCAUCAGCGCUUGUGCCGUUUGCGAUGGUGCUGUCCCGAUAUUCCGAAAUAAACCCCUGGUGGUUAUUGGUGGCGGAGAUAGCGCUGCCGAAGAGGCAACUUUCCUUACAAAGUACGGUAGCCAUGUGACGGUGCUGGUGCGGAAAGAUCAGCUACGUGCCAGCAGUAUCAUGGCGCAGCGGUUAUUGAAACACCCCAAGGUUACCGUUCAAUUCAACACCAGGGGCGUGGAGGUCAGAGGAGACGAUAAGGUGAUGACCCAUAUGGUUAUCGAAAAUACAGUUACCGGAAAGCGACAGCUAAUAGAGGCCAAUGGUCUGUUCUAUGCCGUUGGCCACGACCCGGCCACAAGCUUGGUCAAGGGGCAGCUAGAUACCGAUGAGGACGGCUACAUUAUCACCAAGAAUGGGACACCGGCAACAAGCAUUGAGGGUGUCUUCGCUGCUGGUGAUGUACAGGACAAGAGAUAUAGACAGGCUAUCACUAGCGCAGGUUCCGGAUGCAUGGCUGCCCUAGAUGCGGAGAAGUACCUUGCAGAACACGAAAUGGACGAGCGAGAGGGAGCUGCUGAGGGUAAAGCCGAGUAACUAAUACCCGCGAGGAUGUAAUUGAUACCACCGCAUAGAGUUCUAUAUUAGCGCGUGUGUUGACAGUCUCGAUACGUUAGACAGAUACCAGAUAGACAGAAUUGAGAACAGCUCAACUUGAGUUUGGCCGUUUGUUCCUGUUUGGUAGUAUUGGUGCCCUCU